UCUUUAGAAGCAUUUUCUCUUCUUUUCCGUUUUUCGUUUUUUUCGUCAUCUGUUCAUUAACAGCAUUAUAUCAAUUGUAAAAAAAUGGCCCCUACCUCUGCUACCAUCAACCACAGCAACUGGACCGACGCUCAAAAGAAGGCUGUCGACACUAUCGUUGAUCGUUUCACAGUCGAUGGUGAAACCUUAAAGAAGAUCACUGACCAAUUUGUUGUAGAAAUGAAUAAGGGUUUGGAUCAAGAAGGCGCUACUGUUGCCAUGAUCCCUUCUUUUGUUUCUGGUCGUUGUACUGGUGAUGAAAAGGGUAGCUUCUUGGCUCUUGAUUUGGGUGGUACCAAUUUGCGUGUCUGUCAAGUCAAUCUGUUAGGUGGCGGUGAGCAUACCAUUCGUCAACAAAAAUACGUUGUCUCUGAAGAAUUGAAGUUGGGUCCUAUGCGUAAUCUUUGCGACUUUAUUGCUGAUUGUGUUGAUAGUUUCUUGACCGAAAAUGGUACUAGCAGUCAAGAUGCUCUUCAAUUGGGUUAUACUUUCUCUUUCCCUAUCUAUCAAAGCAGCAUUAACCGUGGUGUCUUGAAGCAAUGGACCAAGGGUUUCAACUGUUCUGGUGCUGUUGGUAAGGAUGUUGCUGUGAUGCUUCAAGAUUCUUUCCGUCGCAAGAAUAUCAAUGUCAACAUUGCUGCCAUUGUCAACGAUACCGUUGGUACUCUCAUGGCCUAUGCUUACAGACAUCCCAACACCACCAUGGGUGUCAUCAUGGGUACUGGUUUCAACGCCGCUUACUAUGAAAACAUGAAGGAUGUCAAGAAAUGGAAGGGCGACAAGGACCAAGAAAUGGUCAUCAACAUGGAAUGUGGUGCCUUUGAUAUUGAACGUCGCGUCUUACCUAUGACUGUCUACGAUAACAAGUUGGAUCGUGAAUCCAUCAACGUCUAUCAACAAUAUCACGAAAAGAUGGUCGCCGGUAUGUAUCUCGGUGAAAUCACGCGCAAUGCCCUUUUGGACCUGAUCGAUCAACAAUUAUUGUUUGGAGGUCGCUCCUCUAAAGAAUUGAACAAGAACUGGAGCUUUGAAACUGCUUAUAUGUCUACCAUUGAAGUAGAUGAAACACCAGACUUGUCUGAAGCCGCUCACAUUCUCGAAUCCGUCCUUAAUAUUCCUUCUACCACUUUGGCUGAUCGUCAAAUUGUCAAGACUAUCUGUCAUGCCGUUGGUCUUCGUGCUGCUCGUAUUGCUGCUUGUCACAUCGCUGGUGUUCUCCGAAAGACGGGUAAGGUGGGUGAAGAAGCUAUCAUUGCUAUUGACGGCUCUCUUUACGAAUUCUAUCCCUUCUUUGAACACAACAUGCGCCAAUCCAUGAACGAAAUCUUGGGUGAAGCCGACAGUGCCAAGGUUAAAUUUGAUCUUGCCAGAGAUGGUUCUGGUCUUGGUGCCGCCAUCAUUGCUAUGAUGGCCGCCAAGAAAUAACAAACUCUUUGACUUUUUUUAUUCACCCAUCUUUCAUAUUCUCAUCCUCUCCACCCCCAACCCCCUUGUAACAAUAGUAUUUUUACUUUUUUUCCACUCUUAUAUACAUCUUAUUCAUGUAUAGACAUCACUUUUUUGCAUUCUGAUUUUUGUAACAUCAGCCUUUUAUUUUAUCAGAAAUAAAAUGUAUAUUUUAUUUGAACGUGCCAU